CCCUUGUAAAAGAAAAAAAAAAAUAAAAUAAAAGAGAGACUGCUGUUCAUUGUAACUGCCACACAGCACUGUGGAUUCCAGCAAACUUCUUGUAGGCCCAUGCCUCUUUAGAAAAAAUCCACUCUUUUCAUUUGUCCUUGUAUACCUCUGUCCAAGCUAAGUCUUUUCUUUUUUCCUCUCUCCCUCUUUAAUCCGUCCCUCUAUUUCUGGGCUGAAAACACAAAACCAGGUUCACGCAGUGCUUUAGUGGCUAAAAGUGAAAGAGCUUGUGUUUUUUUUUUUUUUUUCCUCCCGGCGCGGAGUUGAGCCUUGAAUCGCUCUGGAAAAUUGCUUCUUUUGAAUAGAGGGAAGGAGGAACAACGCUUAAUAGGAUCCUAAGGGAGUCUCUGCUCUUAAACAGGUGGAAUCGACGUCCUCGAAUUUAUACAAAUAGUAAGCACGUAUAUAAACGAGCGUGGAAAAAGGAGGGGUCCCAUCUCCGAGGAUUAGAAGCUUUCUCUUCUAUAUUUAAAAAGGAAAAAGAUUACUGUGUUGUUAACCAAAUGAGUAGGACAUUUCCACAAGUCCUCCAUCGCCUGUUUAAUUGUGAAAACACCCAUUUUCUUGAGGGAAAAUGGUUUCAUAUUUAUGUCGCACAUGACACAUGGUAGCCUAUGUAACACGUGCCACCCGCUCUUUCUUUGUGAGGGGGCGUGCAGGUUGAUGAGGCCGUCUCCAGUCACCCAGUUAAGAGUUGAGGUGCCCGCUGAUGUCAGGAGACAGUGAUCCGUGCUCAGGAGGGGCGGGCACUGCCUACAUGUGACGGAGAGCAGGCGUCUGGGUUUCUCCACACCCCUCUGACCAUUAAAGAGGUAAACUCUGAGACCGACUCAACUUUAUUCUCUCGCUUUCUGCCGGAGCUCCCACUCAAACACCUUCUUCUUCUUCUUCUUCUUCUUCUGCUUCUGCUUCUGCUCUGUAAGGAGCCCUGUAAUGUCCUGUUAAUUUUGUGUGCACUAGUUAAUGAGCAUUAAUCCAUCACCCCUGGAUGCUAUUGUUGCGGGGGGGGGGAUGGCCAUUUGAAUGCAAAUGCGUGACACUGUGACAGCAAGGUGCUUAUUAAACUGAUGUGUCCUCCUGUCUUUUCCGCUGAGAGCUCAGGAGAGUGAAAAGACGCGGGGCAGCUGGAGGAGCUGGUCGGAUAUACCGGGAGUUGCUCACACCAAGUUCUGCUCUGCUGUAAACAAAACAAAAAACACUAAAAUGGCAAGUUCUGCCUCUGUGGAGACAGUGAUGUCCUGCGGUAGAACCGGACCGUCCGCAGCUCCCAAGACCCUGGCCUUUUCCAUAGACCGGAUCAUGUCCAAGAGCUCGGAGCCGAAGGGAAGCGCAGAGGAGCGUUCAGAUGGGAAGAAGCUGUUGGGACUGUGCUCUCCGAUCCCCUGCAUGAUCCCGUUGCAGCCUUUCAGCUACGAUCUGCAAGCCAAGGCGCUGAUGAACUACUCGGAGCUAUGGAGAGCCAGUAUCAGGGGGACAUUUUGCGGUUCCGCAGCCGCUCCGUGCAAAGGGAACUGCAGCAUGUGCGGCAAAGCAGAUCCUGGCAUCAAACAGCCGCUUCUGACGUCGGGGAGCAGGGUGGUGAAGCCGCAGGUCAUCCACCAGGCCGUGGCCGUUCCCAGCAGCGGCUCGCUCUACUAUCUCAACUACCUGGACUCUGCGUACCAGCAGUCGGAGCUGCUGGCCGGACACUGGUUCUCCAGCCCGCAGGCCCAGGCCUCGCUGUCGGCACACCACAGACUCUUGCUGCUGGAGAAUGCCAAGCUGGCCGGGGUGGGAGCCGACAAGCUGCCCACACCUCAGUACCCGCACAAGGAACAUCUGCCAGGGCAGCUGGACCAGAUAGUGAAGGAGAACCACGUCCUGAGCACCGAGAAGAACGGCGUCAAGGCGCACAACAAACUCAGCAGCAGCGUCAGCAGCGCGGCAGAUGGAAAACCGAAAAACUUCACGUGUGAAGUGUGUGGAAAGGUUUUUAACGCGCACUACAACCUGACCAGGCACAUGCCGGUGCACACGGGAGCCCGGCCCUUCGUGUGUAAAGUGUGCGGGAAAGGAUUCCGGCAGGCCAGCACGCUGUGCAGACACAAAAUCAUCCACACGCAGGAAAAGCCUCAUAAAUGCAACCAGUGCGGGAAGGCGUUCAACAGAAGCUCCACGCUCAACACGCACGUACGGAUCCACGCCGGGUACAAACCUUUUGUCUGUGAGUUCUGCGGGAAAGGUUUCCACCAGAAAGGAAAUUACAAGAACCACAAGCUGACUCACAGUGGGGAGAAACAGUAUAAGUGCUCCAUCUGCAACAAGGCCUUCCAUCAGAUCUACAACUUGACUUUCCACAUGCACACGCACAAUGACAAGAAGCCCUUCACCUGCGCCACCUGCGGCAAGGGCUUCUGCCGCAACUUUGACCUAAAGAAACACAUCAGGAAGCUGCAUGACAACGGCUUCUCUGCAACCACAGAGGCCUCCAGAGAGCUGCAGAGCUGAGGCACGCGACACCGCCAACAAAGCUGUGAGGCCUCCAACGGAUCCGCCGACGUCCUGCGUUUGCAGCCGCGCCGAGCAGUUUGUGAAACAUCAGAGAGGAGGCGCAGUCCCAUAAAACUGGAUGUGAACACUUCAGAAGUAUUGCAGUAAUCCUGCUCGAGUGUCCCGGUAUGAACACUGUAGGGAACAACAACACCUUACACUUAAUACUGUAGGAAUAUUAUAUUGUUUUGUUUGUUUUAUUUUUUUCUGUCAGGAUUUCUUCCUGUAUUGCCAGUUACAAGCAUCAAAUGGGAGAAAUCCUCAUUUCCAAUGACGGAAAUGUAAAUAAUAGGUUAUGGAAAUAAAGAAUGUUAUUUAAAAUGUGAAUCAUUACCAUGUUGUGUAUUUCACAUAAAAAUGUUAAUGUGAAUAAAUAAGUUAUAACUUAUAAUGAAACCUGAAUGUUGCCAUGCCAUGUUGUUUCUGUUUUUGAAGGCAUUUGAAAAUAAAAGCGAACAAUAUGACAGUUGUACUGUGUAUGAAACAU